AUGCCUUCAACAAGCGCCCUAUCGGAUCCCAAGGAAUAUCAGAAGAUAUUCCAUUGGGCCGAGACGCAGAAGGACGGGGCCAUCCCUUCCUUCAACACAAGGCGUAACGAUCCUUAUGAGUACCAAUCUGGAUUUGGCAAUGCCUUCUCGUCCGAAGCAAUUCCCGGCACCAUUCCACAGGGCCAGAAUAGUCCACGCAAUGUUCGUUUUGGGCUGUAUGCAGAGCAAAUAACCGCGACAGCCUUUGUUGCGCCUCGCCAUGCCAACAAGAAAGCAUGGCUGUAUCGAGCACGGCCGGCGGUGGCACACCAGGGCUUUACGGAACUCCCAGAUAACAAAGAUACCGAGUCAAACUUCUUACCGUUGAACCCUCGCAUCCACGUCUCUCCGACUCAGCUGGCGUGGCAUCCAUUCGAGAUCUCCACCAGCGAAACUGUCGAUUUCGUCUCCGGCUUGAAGACUAUUGCUGGAUCAGGCGACCCCACGCUGCGCGAGGGCCUUGCUACUCAUGUCUACGUUGCUAAUACCAGCAUGAAGAAGAAGGCCUUUGUCAACUCGGACGGUGAGUUCCUGAUCAUUCCGCAGCAGGGUGCUCUGGAUAUCCAAACCGAGUUUGGUCCUCUCUUUGUUCAGCCCGGUGAGAUUGUCGUCAUUCCGCGCGGCCUCCGCUUCCGGGUUGAAAUCCCUGAUGGUCCCUCGCGUGGUUACAUCCUUGAGGUCUGGGGCACGCACUUUGAGCUCCCCGAGCUAGGUCCCCUGGGUGCCAAUGGACUUGCCAAUGCGCGGGACUUUUUGAGCCCCACUGCUCAGUAUGAGAUUAUCCAGGAGCCGUGGGAGAUUAUCUAUAAGCUUGGAGGCAAGUUCUUCAAGAGCACGCAAAACCAUAGUCCAUUCGACGUUGUAGCCUGGCAUGGCAACUAUGUCCCCUACAAAUACGAUUUGACCAAGUUCGUCAAUGUCGGCUCCAUCUCAGUUGACCACAUUGACCCAUCCAUUUUCUGCGUGCUUACGGCCAAGUCGCGGGACUUGAACUCGCCGUUGGCGGAUCUGCUUAUUUUCUCCCCUAGGUGGGAUGUUGCAUCUCACACCUAUCGCCCCCCUUAUUAUCACCGCAACGUCGCCUCCGAACUGAUGGGUCUCAUCUACGGCGAGUACGGCGGCCGCUCCGACGCUUUCAAGCCUGGCAGCGUGUCCUUUGAAUGCGGAAUGGUCCCUCAUGGUGUCGCCUACGAGGAGUUCAAGGCUGCAAGCGAAAACCAACCGCCAGUCAUGCAGAUCUCUGAGGCUUCCAUUGCCUUCAUGUUCGAGUCGAGCCGUCCGUUCACUAUCACCGACUAUGCGUGGAACAGUGAUAAGAAGCAUGAGCACGAGCCCAAGAUGUGGGAUAACCUGGUCGACAACUUUUCUUCCCAUGCCAAGGAGGUUGAGGAGAUACUGGCCAAGGCGAAGAAUGCCCUGUCCAUUUCAUGA